AUGCCCUCCAGUAUUCCUCGAGGGAAGGAAUCGUUGGAGGUUUCGACGCAGGAGAUUGCGGCACCUCUGAGCGAUAACGCCGACGCACACAUACGCGACGGGUACUUCCUGGUUCAGUCGCCAUACACCGAGAAGGAGCACUUGCUCGACUUGAGAACUCUCGACGAGGAGAAUGCGUUGCUCGCUCGAGCGCUCGUUCGAAUGAGGAGCCUGCGGCCAGACUAUGCCACCUCGCCCUACGCCGAAACCUUCAACUGGAACGAGAUCAUCGAGGAAUUAACGCGGCUCGUGCGAGAACGCGGCCACAGGUGGAAGGAAACUUCCUUCUUCGUCGUGGCUUUCCGGUCGCAGAUUCCGCCGACAACUGUGUACGAGGAUCUGGGAGCCUUGGACAAGGUAGCGCACGCGGAGGCGAUAGCCAGUGGUGGCUUUCUCAAAUAUUGGUUCGGACAUCCUGAUAAGGACGGCAGAAACCUUGCGACAUGCGUGUGGAGGUCGCAGGAAGAAGCAGUCAAGGGAGGAGCCGGACGUGGACAUCGCAAAGCUGCGGCGGCCACCCGGUCGUUGUACUCGCAUUGGAAGAUUGACCGGCAUAGGCUUAUCGUCCGGGAUGACUUCGCGAUCAUGGCCGACUCUCUAAAGGAUACGCCGUUCAAGACGGUUCAGGUCGAGGCUCUGGUUGUGAUGAAAAUAGUUAAGCACUGCUCAAACAGCUUCCCUUCGACCGCCACGGGUUCCAUCGUUGGUAUGGACAAGGAUGGUAUCCUCGGAAUCACAAACACUUUCCCUUUCCCUACGGUCGACGUAACCAAUGUCGAGGGCGGCCACCAAAACGACGCGUCCGCGCUCGCCGCCGCCGCGCCGCGCGCCAAAGCAAACAUCAUCUACCAGAACGACAUGAUCCGACAUCUCAAAGAGGUCAACGUCGACGCCAACAACGUGGGUUGGUAUACGAGUGCUACGAUGGGUAACUUCGUCAACUCCAGCUUUAUCGAGAACCAAUACCAUUAUCAACGCGAGAACGAACGGACCGUGGCCCUAGUCCACGAUGUUAGCCGCAGCUCGCAGGGUGCGCUAAGUCUUCGCGCGUUCAAGCUGACGCAGAACUUCAUGACGGCGUUCAAGGAGGGGAAAUUCACAACUGAGAGUCUACAAAAGUCGAAACUCUCCUUCAAGGAUAUCCUUGUCGAAUUUCCUAUCCACGUUCACAACUCGCAUCUCUUAACUUCCUACCUCCACCAGCUACCCUCUGCCGCUUUGGAGACGGACGUGACGAUGCCGACAUCUCUUUCCGACCUACGAGGCGAGCCUAUCAAGAUGCCGCUUCAUCCGUCGGUCGACAUUCUCGACCUCUCGAUAGAUCCUUUCCUCGAGAAGACGUGCGAUCUUCUACUCGAUAGUAUCGAGUCUCACUACACCGAGCUCAACAAUCACCAAUACUACCAGAGACAGCUCGCCCGCGAGCAAACUAAGAUCACGGCGUGGCAGACCAAGCGAAAGGCGGAGAACGCGGGGCGUGUUGCGGCUAAGCAACAGCCUCUUCCGGAAGACGAAUGGCAACGAAUCUUCAAGCUGCCUCAGGAACCCAGCCGAUUGGAAGGCAUGCUGAAUGCGAAACAAGUGGAGCAGUACAGCAAGCAGAUAGACGGGUUCACAGCCAACGUCAGCGCGAAGAUGUUCGCCGUCAGGGGCAAUCUUCUCCCCGAAUAA